AUGACAGAUAUAUUCAGAGGAGAGACACCCGAAGACAUUAACAACAAAUGUCUGGACGUUUGUCACCGAUAUUUGGACGGCGUUUGGAGGGAUAUAACUGUGGAUCAGAUGGUUGUGCGAAGAGUUGGCGGCGGAUAUACUAAUCUGUUGUUUCAAUGCUCUCUAAGGGAUGAUAUAAAUGUGGUCUCCAGUGAACCAAAAGAUGUGUUCAUUAGGUUUUAUGGCAAGAAAUGGGUUAAGGAUAACAACGAAUCCAACGAAAGAUUGACUGAUAUUAUCAUCAAUUUAUUGACUUCUGAACACAAUUUGGGGCCAAAAGUGUACGGAAUGUUCAGCGAAGGCAUUGUUGGCGAAUAUAUCGAUGGUCAUCACAUGAGCCCUGAGGAUCAGUUAAAUCCGGCGAUUGUCAAAGAAUUUGCUCAAAAAUUAGCAAAAUUUCAUUCACUAAAUGUGCCGAUAGGUCGCGAUUAUGAUUGGCUAAAAACAACGUUUAAUAGAUGGUACGAUGGCGCACAUCUUAAGACACCACAUAUGGAUCAACUGCUCAACGAGAUUGAGACCAACAAUCUGUUGAAAUAUAAUCUAAAAGAGGAGAACGAAUGGCUGCACAAAUGCAUGGAUGCCAUGAAAUCGCCAAUAGUUUACUCACAUAACGAUAUAUUUACGGGAAAUAUAUUAGUUAACAAUCGGAUUAAUGAGACCAAUGAUGAUAAUAAUGUGGUGUUAAUUGAUUUUGAAUAUUCCCGACAUUUUUAUCGCGGAUUGGAUUUGGGUUUCUUUGUGAAUGAGUUCGGGAGAGACAGCAAUUUCUUCAUCCGCGAAGACCUGCCUCUGGCCGACGAUCAGUGGAUCCAAACAUUUUUGGGCCACUAUUUGGACGAAUCGGUGAAAAUUCGGGGCAAAGAGUUCGCCGAAAGACCCGAAAAUUCAAUGGAUGUUCUCUUAAAGGAAACAAAAUUCUUUACAUUAGUUAUGGAAAUAUAUCUGAUUUUCCCAUUUUAUGCCAUUAAUGAAACCCCCGAUUGUAACGAUAGGCGAGAGAUUUUGAGAAGAGCGAACACGUAUUACGGCCGGUAUAUUAAGCGUCGGAACGAGUUUGAAAAGUUAGGAAUUACACCAUUACCUCGAUAUUAA